AUGUUCGGAAGCAGCACUGGGUGCAACAAGGUUGAAAACGCGAAGUGCUACCCCGCCAUCCCAACUACCACGCCGCCACCGACUCCGUGUGCAUUCGCGACCCAUUGUUUGAAGUCUGCCGGAGGCUAUGCCCAAAUCUUUCCCGCGACCCUGUUACCGCCGGCGCCGUCCCGACUUCCGCCGUCGCCGACUUCGUGUGCAUUCGCGACCCGUUGUUUGAAGUCGGCCGGAGGCUAUGCCCAAAUCUUUGACGUUGCAGUCGUUGUGGUCACGCAAUCAAUUUGCGGUGUCAUGGAAACGUGUUCAGUGUGCGGCGCAGACGACGGCCCAACCCUCCGACAGUGCAACAUGCGUGCGUCCAAGUUCCAUCAUAUGUGCAUCGUGGAAAAAACCGCGAAGAACGGGUGGCCCAAAGCGGAAGAAGGUCAAGGACUGUGUGCUGUGCAUGCGGUGCCAUCAUCAGCGCAAGACGUGCCGCCGCCUGCGAAGAAGUGA